UAAAAAUCAGUUUGACAGUAUUGGGAAGACUUUCAAUGCUUCGCUGAACUGCAACGGUGUCCAAUUACACGUUGUAAGACGUUUACGACAGCAGGACUGUCAAGAUAUUUUUUACGAUUAUUGUCGCUCUCCAGGUCAAUUUCCUUAUUUGAGAAUAAACAUUGAACAAAUAUGAUCUGUAUACUCCUGUACUAAUGUUGAAGUUGUGAUAAAAAAAAGAAUAAAGUCGAAAUAAUAUUAAUAUUAAGAGAAUCAAAUCUUAUAUUUACGAUAAUCAAAUUAUUCACGGCCCAGUUUUGGCUUAUGUGAAUUUUAACUAUAUACUACACGUUAAAGUGAUGCAUAUUUUGACAUUUAAUUUUUUGCUUGUAUACAAUGUUUAUGUAAACGACGCGAAGACACGCCUGCAUUAAAGUUUUUUUUUAUAAUAUUACGAAACUGAAAGCAUGAAAAAAAAAAACAACAACCAACGAACAGAGUGGAUGCGCGCUCCCGCGGAAGGGGACCCGAUUGGUGGAGGGGAUACCGACUGGCCCGCGCCACCUGUCGGUGUCACAGCUGUGCGGUGCAGAGGGGACCGGAGCCGCUGCCCAGAGGCCACUGCAGCUUUCAUUUCAUUUCCAUGUCGCGGAUACCGCCGCCGAGGUCUCGGAUAUUAGACACACAGCAGCGCAGAAGGCACACAGACCAGCUGAAAUCAUUUGUGCCAAAGAGGGCUGGAAGGAGAUGUGUGCUGCUGUGUACGUGCUGUCGACAGUAACGGGCUACGUGCUCACCUCGGCCCUGCUGCUAAAAUGUCCCACUCUUCUGCAUCGGAGGAAGCGAGAGAGGUUCCUCAGCCAGCACAUUUCCCAUCGUGGAGGGGCAGGAGAAAACCUGGAAAACACCAUGGCAGCGUUUAAACACGCUGUGGAUCUCGGCACAGAUAUGCUGGAGUUGGACUGCCACAUGACAAAAGACGAACAGGUUGUGGUCUCACACGAUGCCAAUUUAAGAAGGGUGUGCGGCAUCAACGCCGACAUCUCCAACGUAGCCUACGCUGAACUGCCUCCGUACCUCUGCAAGCUGGGUGUAACUUUUCAAAAGGAGUGUUUCUGUGAGGGAGGCGAGGACAAGCGCAUCCCUCUCCUCAGAGAUGUCUUUGAUGCCUUCCCUAAUACGCCCAUCAACAUCGACAUCAAGGUCAACAACGACACACUCAUCAGGAAGGUUUCUGAGCUGGUUGUCAAAUACGACAGAGAACACCUGACUGUGUGGGGCAACGCCAGCAACCAGAUCGUCAAAAAGUGUUACAAAGAGAAUCCUCACAUUCCAGUGUUGUUCAGCCUUCCCAAAGUAUUACAGCUGUUGGGCCUCUUCUACACGGGCCUUCUGCCCUUUGUUCCCCUCAAGGAACAGUUCCUGGAGAUCCCCAUGCCCUCCAUUAUAACCAAACUAAAAGAUCCUGACAGGUUAACAAGGAGUCAGCGGUUUGUCGCCUGGCUCGCAGACUCCUUACUAAUGAGGAAGGCUCUUUUUCAACAUCUGACUGCCAGGGGAAUACAGGUGUACAUUUGGGUGCUGAAUGAUGAGGAGGACUUCCAGAGGGCGUUUGACUUGGGAGCCACGGGAGUUAUGACGGAUUUUCCCACCAGGCUUAAAGACUUUAUGGACAAGAAUGGCAUUUCUAAGUCCCAGUGACCUGCCAAAUUUGACCACUCCCCACCUCCCUGGUGAUUAUCCCUCAAGCUGAGUGACCUGCCCGGCCAGCCCCCCCCCCCCUCCCUCAUGCAUCCACUUUUGCUGCUUGCAUUCCAGCAGGGCUUCUCUCACACAGUGUUUCACAAAAAGGGGCAUCUGUUGCUUUCCUGGUGUCAGCAAUAUAAAUAUUUGUAUUCAUGGAGACACAAAGAGUAAUCCUAGAUUGGCUCUUCAAAUGUUUUUGUGAAAGGUGAAAAACAUCGGCUACACAGACAGUAGCUUUAGAAAUUUAGCCUGUAAUUAAUUUCUUACAGAAAGGCUGUUUGGAAAUGUUGGAUAUAAAUCAUCAUAGUUAUAGGACAGGUUAACAGUCCAUCAAAAAGUCAAUAGAGAGAUAAAAAUCUAUUAUAUAUGACAGAAAUCCAGAGUACUGGGAGAGAACCCAUUAAAAAAAAGAACAGAAAAUACAUCCUAGACUGAACUAACAUUAUGUUUUGUCAAUUCUUUCCAAGUGGCUAUAAUUUGACAUCUCUUUCAUAAAUGUCCCAGAAAUUAAUUUAAAAAAAAUGUUGUUUUAUGCAAGCAUGUUUGGAGGGAAGAUCUUGGUUGAAUGGACAUAGAUGUCCCUAAAGACUUUAUUUUUAACUGCAAUAAACGAUCGGCCUUUCUUGAUAGUGUUUAAUGGUCCUCCGCUGACCACCACUACAGUAUAAUGUGGGAUGUCUUUUGUUAUCACAGAGCUCCCUCAAAAAAGCCCAUCUUUUUAAGUAGAUUUGAAUAAAUGGGGCAAUAAGUUCAGAAAAGUUAUGGAUGCAAAACUUACUGUUCUUUUAUUUUAAUUCUAAAUGUGUAAGUAAUAACCUCCAUUAUUUUUUUAUACAGAUUUACAUAAGUGAGGACUUUAUUUUUUUUGAGUGCUUUAAGACUGAGUGUGUGGUGUUUUUGGCAUUGAACAGGUGGAGUUUGAUGUUGAAAUGCUAUGUUUAAUUUGUAUUCACUAUUACAACAAGACUAUCUCUUGGCACAUGCAAUAGUAUAAUUUUCAGAUAUUUUCGAAAAUUAUUAUGUAUUUGAUGCCCCCAGAAACGAGCUACUUGUUAUUAGUAAUAGUGCAUACACAAAUUCAGUGUAUCUGUUCAGUGUGCCGCAAUAAUCACUGUUCAUGUGCUGUGUUGUUUUGUUAUUGUGUAGAAGCUACUAUCAGGAGUUUCAUUUUUCAUCAGUCACGUAAAGCACAAAAGAAAGGAAUAUUAUUUUUGUGUUAUAUUUUUUCAGUGUGAUGAUAAACAUUUUAAAGAAGUCUGAAUAUAUUGUGUACUCAUGAGAUUAUGGCAGCCUGCAGAGGCAGUUCUGCAUGACUGAUUGCUUUACCGCUGUUAAAAUAUGCUAAAGACAAGGAAUCUUAAAGGACAGCGUACUCCUGCACUGCUGUGGCAAAGCCUGUGGAGAUGCAAGAGAGUAAAACUGGGUUUAUUACUUGUACCAAUGAUGUUCUCUAAUUCAAACUCACAACCAAGCGUUGGGGGUCCUCUAAUGAAUGUACCGUAAUAUUGGUUGAAUGUACUGUAAGUGUGUAAAUGUGUUGCAAUCAAAACAGUAUUUCAGUUCCAAUGAUUAUUUUUUGCAUUUUUAUAUUUUGAUUAGUUGGUAGAGCCUUUCAUCCAAAUGUUUUUUUCAUUGGAAGGUUACAAAUGUUUGACAUAUUUUGAUUACAUGUACUGUACUGAGAGUACUACAUGCUGCAUUUUCAAAAGAAGCUGUUAUGCUUGAAGAAAGGAAGAUCCUAUAAGUCUGUGCCACAUGCAGUAUGCCACUCAUUUGUUUGAUGAUAUAAAGUUAGUAUUUACCAGGAACAAAUAAGCACUGAUUAUAAACUCACACCUGCAUUGUUUGCGACGUGCAGAAUAAUAGCUUUCUGUUAUUUUAGUUGUUCGAUCUCCAGUUAUAUUUCAGCUUAAAUGGUAUCUUGUAAAUUAACAGAGGGUGGCGCUGCAGACUGGGUGGAUUUCAGAAGUUUGUUCAGUAGCAGAUAAGUUAAAGGUGUCAUCUUUAAGGUUUCAUGUGAAAAUCAUUAUAUUUUCCUCUGUUGUACCGACGUCCUUCACUCGUAUGUAAAAGUUUGAUUUGAUUUGAUUAAACUGUUUUAAAAACACA